AUGCUCAUUGCUGUGCUGCAUGGAAAUCAAGCCGACUUUGACGGACUGCUGACAUUUUUCCUCAACUUUCGCAACGAACGCGGCCUCAUGAUGUGGCAGGUUCGCCAAAAUCAUGGAGGACAGCUCUAUGUGGCUGAUGACGCGACUGACUGCGCCACAGAUGGCGACAUUGACAUAGCCACCGCCUUGUUCCAGGCCCAGCGCAUCUGGCCGCACGGCUCGCAUCAGUUCCCGGCCGGCGCCUAUGGGAAUGAAGCGGCACGACUGUGCGAUGCUCUUAUGGCUCACUGUAUUCACCCGCAGCUGCUUGUCCCCCUGUUGGGCGACUGGUGCGAUACGGACAGCAAGGAGAACCGCCGACUCCACGACUCGACACGCAGCUCGGACUUUAUUCUCUCGUCCUUCUUGCUGUUUCACAUGAAGCACCCUGAUCCCCAUGCGCGAGCGCAAUGGCAGCAUAUUUUGGAGGCUACGCUGCAAGUAGCACUGUCCCAGCUUCAUGUGAACAAGACAGGCUUGCUGGCCGAUUUUCUCGUGUAUGACAGUCGUCAUGGCUGGCAUCCUGCCAAAGGAAAACACCUGGAGUCGAAAUACGAUGGCGAGAUGAGCUGGAAUGCAUGCCGAACGCCAUGGCGUCUGGCACACUAUUAUGCCGUUUCAGGCGACCAGCGCAUUCUUCCUCUCUUGCAGACCAUGAAAAAGACUCUUAUGGGCUGCCAGUUUCCAGCUAUACCGGCGGGCGUGCGUGUCAAGGACGGUAAGCCCCUGGUGGACUACUCGUCCCGUGCGUUUAUUGCUCCAGUCGGUUAUUUGGCCUAUGCUCUCGGUGACAGUGCCUCUCAUAUGACGGCCAUACGCGCCCUCGAUGAUGAAGAGGCAGACUACUUCGGCGACUCUAUCGACCUUGUGAUUGCCGAAGAAGCCAUGGCCGCCCCUGUCUGGCUCCAGUAG